GAACAAGACUGUGAGUUGUUGCGAGUGGGAAGGCGUGGAUUGUUCCUCACAACAAGGCCGAGUCAUAGGGCUCCAUCUUCAAUCUUUAACACUACCAAGUUCCGAUUUGCUGAUAUUGACAAUCCAGAUGCUGUCUCACCUCCGUCAGCUGCACGUCUCAAGGAGCCAAUUUGCAGAACCAUUGAGCAGCAAUUUAAGUUUGCCAGGCUGUGAUUUGGAGAGCUUGUGCUCCACUGCAAAGACUCAUUACGGCUGCUAAAUCUCUCCCAUAACCAGCUUGAUGGUGAACUUGGAUCCAAUUCUGUGAUUGGCAGGACACUGGAGACACUCGACCUUUCAAACAACAACUUCAAUGGCACAGUUCCAUCCUCCCUAUUCCAAAGUUGCAACAGCCUGCACUUCUUCAAUCUUUCAAACAAUGAAUUUGCUGGAAGUGUUCCAGCGCAGAUGGUUACCCACUGCCCCGUUCUAGAGGAUGUCAAUCUAGCAAGCAACAACUUUUUCGAGGCAUUAGAGUUUUCAAACUCCAACACCAUUCAGCGGCUUAUUCUUGCAUCAAAUUCUCUGACCGAGCUAGCAGUUCCAUGUCUCAACGUGACACAUCUAGAUGUCUCUUACAACAGACUUUCUGGAAAUAUCUUCAACAGCAGCGAUUCAACUUGCUCUUCACUCAAAGUGCUCAAUAUCUCUAGUAACUUCUACUCAGGGCUGCCUUUAUUGUCGUUGGGGCUUAAGAACUUGGAACUACACUCGUCUCUUGAAGUUCUGGACGCAAGCUACAACUCGUUCACAGGUGAAUUACCCAAAUUCCAUGCGAAUCUGAAGCACUUGGAUUUCAGCUCCAACAUGUUCACCAAAACAAGCAGCAACAUCUGUCCCACUGAUUCAAAGGUAAGGAACUUGCUCCUGCCCAAUAACAGGUUGACCGGUCCACUACUUGACUCUCUAGUCAACUGCCGAAGGUUGCAGUUGCUGGAUGUGAGUUUUAAUGAGUUAACUGGAGGAAUACCCGACCAGCUAUGCAACAGCCUUCCUAAGCUGCAGCAUUUACAUGCUUGGGGGAAUGGCCUCCAGGGAUCCAUUCCGUCAACCUUGGGUAACUGCGUCGACUUGAUUACUAUUCUUCUCAGUCACAACAAUCUCAAUGGCAGCAUACCUACUCAGCUGUCUGGUCUGCACAAACUCUGGUGGCUAAGCUUAAGUAGCAACUAUCUGACUGGAGAGAUACCAUCUUCAUUUGGGGAGCUAGAUAACUUGGUCUGUCUACAGCUGACCAACAACUCCUUAGAGGGUGAAAUUCCCAAAGAAAUGGAUGGAUCCAAGAGUUUGUACGUGAUGGAGCUUGCAAGCAACUCGUUCAGUGGAAAACUACCUGGUAGAAUUGGUCGCAAGUUCAGCAGAGUUGAAAUAACCGGGUCUAUUGUGGUUCAGGCUAGACUUGACAGCAUGUAUGUAGUUGCACGAACACCUGGUCCCAUAUGCAAAGGCAGUAACAUGCUCUUUAUUGUACACGGGAUCCGUCUUCAUGAUCUUGAGCAGCACUUGUUUGCAAGGACUGGCUGCUUUGCUCCCCUGAACAUUAAUCCACCUUACGUGUUGAACAUCAGCAGCCCGCUCAUCAUUCAGCUUUCUUAUAACCAGCUGAGUGGAGAGAUUCCUGAAGAAAUUGGACUCAUGCGCAGUCUUUUGAUCUUGGAUGUUGCACACAACAAUCUCAGUGGCCGGAUUCCUGAAGUUCUAGGCAACCUUGAGGGUAUGCAAGUCCUGGAUUUAUCAGAGAAUGCUCUGCAUGGAAGUAUACCCGCUUCGCUCUCGCAGCUCACAUUCCUGUUUCUCUUCAAUGUCUCGUACAACAACUUGUCUGGCCGUAUUCCACAAAGAGGACAGUUUUUUACUUUCACAGGAGGAAGCUUUGAAGGAAAUCCUGAACUUUGUGGCUUGCCACUUCCAACCAAGUGUUUUGCUGCUGAUCCACCAGUUCUGACAAAUAUUGCUCAUCCUAUAAGUGAUGAUGGGAUCCAAGACAUUUUGGUGGCCGCCCUGGUCUCUGGAACUAUAGCCUUUGUCAUAUGCUGUGCCUUGAGUUUCUAUUGCCACAGCAAGUAUACCUGCAAGCUGUCCCAGACAUCUAGCUAUGUGUGAACUAAAUAGUACUCGUGUUUACUGCUUUUUCACCUCCUCCAGUUUUGCAUUUGGAAUACUUAUCAGGACUGAAGAGAAAGAUUUGAAUACAAAAAACCAGGCCUCAACAUUUUCUAUUUUGCAA